CGGGAGGUCGUGAGGAAGCAGAACGAGAUCAACGCGAACGCCGUGAGCGCAGAGAGGGCAGGGGACGACCUGGCCAAGGACUACCGGGCGGGCAACGAGACGGAGGCCGAGGUGAGGUCCCUGAGGGAGGAGCUCGCCAGCGCGCAGGCGGGCCACCACGAUGCGAAUGCGUCCUCGCGGGAGCUGGUGGAGAGCAUCGGCCGCGCCCAGGACAGGCUGGCCGCCACCAGGGAGGAGCUCGCGAAGGUCGGGCGCACGAUCGAGUUCGAGGGCGGCGUGCUGCGCGAGGAGCAGGGCUCUCUGAGCAGGGCCGAGAGCGCCGCAGCCACGGCCAGGGGCCGGCUGCUGCUGGCCAACGAGACGGUGGCGGGUGCGAAGGAGGGCCUCGAGAAGGCCCAGGCGGUCUUGAGGAUGCUGGAGGAGAAGCUGGUGGCCGAGCAGGCCUCGCACGCCUCGCACGGGGAGGAGCUGGAGAGGGACAUCGAGGCCAACCGGAACGCCACCGGGGGCCUCCUGCGCAGCACGCCAGAGAUCGUCACGCAGCACGGCUUGGGCCUGCUGACCUUCUCGGGCAGGGCCCUCCGUCGGGGCUGGCGCCGGUGA